CCUUAUAAAUUUUGGGCGAUCGCGAGCACGCACAGAGUACCAUAAAAGAUAUGAAACCGUGGGCGGCUGUUCAUCACAAUUGCUCAUUUUUUCGCCGCACUGUUUGUUUUAUUGCAUGAUAAGCAGUAUCGCAUUUCCCAUAUUUUACUACCAAACGACUCAAUGUUGUUAAACUUUUUUGUUGUCUACACUAAUACACUAUUUCGCACUUUUACAGCAUCCGUUGUUAAUUUUAUGGGUUAAUUAAAAUGAACGUGAAUAUUUAUAAAAUGUGCUGUUGUAAACCCAUACACACGCCGCCUGUUGCAACGCUGUAUAGGUUACCAAGUUUCAGUUGAUGCUUUACUCAACAGUGCUAAACGUGGUCGGCUGAAGUACCAGACAUGGUGGAGGUGCACAAGUCGAAAAUGUCGCUCAACGGAAUACAACAACCGCCCUACAAUAGGAACAAAAGUAUAGGUCGCCAAUUCCUGGAAGUAGCCCAAAUUAUAGGAGACGUCUGCCUCCUCUUUUUGUAUCUACUGUACAGCCUUGGAGAUGCUAUAUACCGCUACGUUGUACCACCUACACCAAAAUCAGUGAAAGGAGAGAUCGUUCUGAUUACUGGUGCAGGUCAUGGCAUGGGCAAAGAACUGGCGUUUUUGUACGCGUCGAAAGGUGCCACGGUAGUGGGCUGGGAUGUGAACAAAAAGAACAAUGAAGAAACGAUAUCUGAAAUAAAUCAACGUGGAUAUCCACACGCCUACGCUUACUAUUGCGAUGUGUCAAAAAGAGACAGCGUUUUCGAAGUCGCCAAAAAAGUGCAACAAGAAGUCGGAGAUGUCACCAUCCUGAUCAACAACGCCGGAAUUAUGCCCACACAUCCAAUUUUAGACCAGACACAAGAAGAAAUCGAAAGAACUUUUUCCAUUAACGUUUUAGCCCAUUGCUGGACGAUGCAAGCGUUUCUCCCCGCUAUGAAAAAAAACAACCGUGGACACAUCGUCGCCUUGUCUUCUUGUGCCGGUCUUUUCGGCCUUGAAAAUUUAGUACCUUAUUGCGGCAGCAAGUUUGCCGUUCGUGGAAUGAUGGAAGCGUUACAUGAAGAACUUAGGUUGGAAAAGCUGGAUCGUAUUGAGUUAACCACGGUUUGCCCCUACAUGGUGGACACAGGCUUGUGUAAAAGACCAAGAGUCAGAUUUGACAGGUUCAUGCGUUUGUUGACACCAGAGUAUGCUGCCAAAGCCAUUAUGAAAGCGCAGCAAACAAAUAUGAAAUUGGUCACAGUACCUAAUUACAUGCUUAGUUUAACUAACUACGUUAGGUUAUUCCCUCUGAAAGGCGCCAUCUACGUCAAAGACUUUAUAAACGCCGGUCUGGAAUCAGAUCUUUAAUUUUAAUUUGUAGAUAUGUAGAAUUAGUGUGUUAACUGCAGUGUGGAAAAACUAAAUUUUAAGUUAAAAGUGAUAGUGGUUGCAUUGGUUACCCAGUAACAAUUUUAGCGCGUUUUAACUUUCAGACGAUUAAAACAGUUUUUAUUGUU